AUGUCCUCGCCAAAGGAAAUGAAGAAUCCACAGAUAUUAGAAGCUAAGCGUAUAGAGCAUGAGCUGGAGCGUGAGCGUCAGAGGAAGAUGUUCGACCAGGAAAUGAAAAGGCUGGAGGAUGAGCAUAAAAAGGAAGAACAGCAGCUACUAUCCUCUAGCAGCUGUCCUUCGAGUCCACCACCGAACAAGCACCUCCUCCCAAGUUACAUGGACUCAAGAAGAUAUUCUGAUGAUUUUGAUUUCGAGGACGAUGACAAAUUUCCUGUUCUGAUUAAAGAUAUCGAUGGCAAGUUCAAUACAAAGCUGUCGAUUUCGCGUCCUCCUUCCACAAACUCAAGAUUUUACGAUUUAGACUUCAAUAUUCCUAAUAACCCUCCAUAUCCACUUACAUCACCUAAUCCUCCUUCUAGCCAUGGUCAUGGUCAUAGUAACAAUAACAGUAGAAGGUCUUUGACCCCGAAUCAAUCCCAUUCCAAGUCACAGUCACAGUCACAGUCACAAUCACAGUCUCACUCCCAGUCUCACUCUCAAAACACCUCAAAUAAGGUCGAUAACGAUUUAAAUCGCUUCAUUGGCGUUAAACUUGAGGACAUUAAGGGUGAAAUCUAUAACCUCUGCAAAGACCAACAUGGCUGUCGUUACUUGCAGAAAAAGUUGGAAGAUGAUGAUCCACUUGAUGAUUUGGUUGAUGGCGUUAAAUUAACAUCCAGACAACUCAUCUUCAAUCAAAUCUAUACUCACUUCUCUGAACUGAUGACUGAUCCAUUCGGUAAUUAUCUCUGUCAGAAAUUAUUGGAAUUUGCAAACGAUCAACAACGAGACACGCUCUGUGAAACUGUGUCCCCCGAAUUGGUUACCAUAUCUCUAAACAUGCACGGUACUCGUGCCGUUCAAAAAAUGAUUGAUUACCUCUCAACCAGAAGACAAAUCAACACCAUCAUCAUGAGCUUAUCUUUAAACGUUGUCACUUUGAUUAAAGAUUUAAAUGGUAAUCACGUCAUUCAAAAGUGCCUCAAUAGACUCAUCCCUAACGAUAAUCAAUUCAUUUACAACGCCGUCGCUUCAAAUUGUAUUGAAGUCGCCACUCAUAGACAUGGUUGUUGUGUCUUACAAAGAUGCAUCGAUCAUGCUUCUGAUCAACAGCGUAUUCAAUUAGUUACCGAGAUUACUUUCCACGCUCUCACCCUUAUUCAAGACCCUUUCGGUAAUUACGUCGUACAAUACGUUCUUGAUUUGAACGAUAAUAGGUUCAGUGACGGCGUCGUUAGACAAUUCCUUGGUCAUAUUUGUGCCUUGUCAGUACAAAAGUUCUCUUCAAAUGUUAUUGAGAAGUGUAUUAGAGUUGCUGAUGCUUCAACUCGCUCAAGUGUAAUAGAUGAACUCAAUCAUCGCCCUCGUCUCGAAAAGUUACUUCGUGACGCUUUUGGAAAUUAUGUUGUACAAACAGCCCUAGAUUUUGCUGAACCAGUUCAAAGGAUUGCUUUAGUUGAAGCAAUUAGACCCAUCUUACCAAUGAUUAGAAACACUCCAUACGGAAAACGUAUUCAAUCCAAACUACAAAGAGCUUCCAUGUUUAUCAGAGACAGCUCUGAUCCUACUUUUGGUUUAAGAGCUGCCGGUCCGCCUGGUGUAAACAAUGGCGGUGGAUUCAGGAGUGCUUCUGCCUCCAAUUUCAGCGGUGGACACUCUCCAUCCUUGUUAGGUAUGGGUAGGAGUGUAUCGUCGCACGGAUUAGACUAUCAAUCUCUCUCGACACCAUUUUUGAACGUAGACAAUCACUCAAACACUGCAUUAGCUGCUGCUGCCCAUCAUCAACAUGCUCAACAAUUAGCUGCACUUGCGAAUGUCAAUGUAUCUUCACCUAGUGUUGGUGGUGUCGGUGGUUUGGGUGGUGUUAGUGGGAUGAACAGCAUGAAUGGCGUAAAUGGUGUGAAUGGAAUCAAUGGUGAUAGUAGAUUAGUCCAUCCAAUCAACCUCACCAGUCCAAUCAAUUUGGGUACAAUGAAUGCUGCUGCUGCAAACGUUCAAGCUCAACACGCUCAACAUGCUCAACACGCUCCUCAGGCGCAACCUGGAUUUGAUUACUUUUUCUCUCCAGCUGCACCAGCUGCUCAGCACCCGACGCACCCUACACACGCAACGCACGCAACGCACAACAACUUGGACACCCCGAAUAACUCUAAUCCAUACUCGGCUGCCUUCUCGACGCCUUAUAUAUAA